CGCUUGUUUCGCUUCACUACACCUUUUUUUAAAUUUUCAUCUGUACCCUAUCGUACCAUGUCUACUGCUCAUAACCACCUUAAAGAUGAUUGUAUCUUUUGUAAAAUCAUAAGGAAAGAGAUUCCUUCUUUCAAGUUGAUCGAGACUGAAAAAAGUUAUUCUUUUAUGGACAUUGAACCCUUAAGCGAAGGUCAUUCGUUGAUUAUUCCCAAAUAUCAUGCAGAAUUUAUGCAUCAAGUACCCGAUGAGUAUUUGACUGACAUAUUGCCCAUUGCUAAGAAAAUUGCUUCCGCUGCUGGUCUAGGACAAUACAAUGUCUUACAGAACAAUGGUCCUCUUGCAAACCAAGCAGUUCCCCAUGUUCAUUUCCAUGUUAUUCCCAAGCCAGAUAAAGAAACUGGCUUGGGUGUUCGUUGGAACCCUCUCAAGAAAUCAUUGGAUGAGAUUAAAGCCGCUCAUGAACGUAUCAUCCCUAAGCUUUAAAUAAAAUGACUACUGCUUUAUUUCA